AUGAGCUCCUCAGACCCCUGCGCAGCAUGCAGCUGGACCACCGAGCGCCAAAAGCACUGCGGUUACAAAAGCCACGUAAAACUAUUCUACGAAGCUGGCGACCGCGGCGUCUGGUCUUUGGGGUCAAAUCUGAUUCUAAAAGAUCGAGGUUCCCGUCGUCCAACCUUUGAAGUAGCGAAUGCCCAGUUCGUGCAGCAGGAGACCUCCAUCCCAGUUCCCUCGGUCGUUGAAUCAUGGGAGGAAGACGACCGCACUUUUAUUUUGAUGAGACGUGUUCCCGGCGAACCGCUUAACAAAGCCUGGCCAACGCUGUCUACCGCCGAGAAAGAGAAUAUAGCAAGGCAGACGGCGGAAUUUCUGCUACAGCUGCGCGAGCUUCAGUCUGAUAAGAUACAAGCUCUCGGUGGCGGGGCAGUCUACUCUAAUUUCCUCUUUUAUAAUGAUCAGUGUGACCUUCCUCAUGGUCCUCUGGCGUCUGAUGACGAGCUCUGGGCGGAGAUGGAAAAGGGUUUGCAUGAAUCUGUUCCACCAGAUGCGCGCACGCGACUUCGAGAAUGUAUGCCGCCUGCUGCGCCUUAUACCUUCACACAUGGUGAUCUCACGAAUGUCAAUAUUAUGGUUGAAGACGGCCAACUUACUGGGAUUAUUGAUUGGGAGGUGUCUGGAUACUUCCCGGUAUGGUGGGAGUAUGUCUGUACCUCUGUUCCUGACAGUGAGGAGGACAGGGAGUGGAAGACUUUGUUACGAAAGUAUAUGCCUGACCAUAGUGCUGCUCGGGAAUUCUGGCUGGAUUAUUGGUAUCUGUGCCGGGAUCCAGAGCAUGAACGAGCGGUAAAAUUCCUCCAGGAAACAGGAGUCAGGCUUUGUAGGGGUGGCCACAGUAUACAAGAUUAG